GACAAGGUUCCUGACGCUGAGGACAAGGUUCCUGACGCUGAGGACAAGCUAGUUCCUGGCGGUGAGGACAAGGUUCCUGGCGGUGAGGACAAGGUUCCUGGCGGUGAGGACAAGGUUCCUGGUGGUGAGGACAAGGUUCCUGGCGCUGAGAACAAGGUUCCUGGCGCUGAGGACAAGGUUCCUGGCGCUGAGGACAAGGUUCCUGGCGCUGAGGACAGGGUUCCUGGCGGUGAGGAGAAGGUUUCUGGCGGUGAGGACAAGGUUCCUGGCGGUGAGGACAAGGUUUAUGGCGGUGAGGACAAGGUUCUGACGGUGAGGACAAGGUUCCUGGCGGUGGGGACGAAGCUACUUGGUUCCUGGCCGAGUGAGACAAAGGUUCCUGGCGCUGAGGAACCCGGGACCUGGCGCUGA